AUGCCCACUGCUGCUUCACCGGUAGCCACAGGUCUAUUCCGAGCUGCGGUUCCCAGUGGCGCAUCGACUGGGAUUUACGAGGCCAAUGAAAUGCGUGACAAUGCUCGCGAAUACAUGGGCAAAGGAGUGAUGAAAGCAGUGAACAAUGUGAACAAAAUUAUCGCGCCUGCAUUGAUUCGGAAAAAUCUGUGCGUAACGGAACAACAAGCAAUUGAUGAAUUCAUGGUCAACGAGUUGGACGGCACGAUGAACAAGAUCAGUUCACCAGAAUUAAUCACUAAUCAUCAAAGCAAGUACAUCAUGUUGAGCGAACAGGGUACAAACCAGAUGGGCUUGAUCCUUUCUUUCUGA